AUAUGGCAAUUGGGACGGGACCCGUCCCAUUUUAGAAGGACGGGUACCCGUCCGCCUAUUAGCCGCCCUGGGAAGUUGGAGAGGGCGCACGGACCAAAUAUUCUUGUAUUGCGACCCAAAUCCCCAAAAAUCUAAAAGAGGAAGGUGCACGGGCCACGAAAAGUGGUAUUGGAUGCCAUUACCAGUGGUAAUUGGUACAGUAGAUUCAUCCAACCGAUGGCAUUAAAAAAGAGGAUAAGUUCCGUGCCAUGGCGCUUGCUGUUGCAGACGAGCUCCCCAACCUCUUGGAGAUUUGUGAGGCAUCGUACAAGCAUGUCGUCCAGCCCGUCCUGAAGCCCCUUCUUCCUGGCAAUAAUAUGCAAGAUCUUUCCAGGGACUUAAGAGUCCCUGGGGUUCAGAUGGCUACAGACGGUGAUCUACACAGCCUGCGAAAAACGUCCAUUCCAGAACUGCUUGGUGUUUGCAUACCUCCACGAGGUUUUAUAGAGGAAUUGGGCAGUGUUACAGGAGGAGAUGCUAAUGUUGGGACGACAUUGGUUCGCCGACAGUCUACUCUCCACGGACAUCAUCAUGAAGACGGCAAAGAUAGUAACGUUGACGAUGAUGAUGAUGAUGGAAGUGGGGAAGAAGAGGAUGAGAAUUCUGAUUGACAGGAACCAAGAAGUCAAGAGGGGAUUCUGAUAUUUGACAGGAGUGGGACUCGAUCACAUAUGUGAUAGGGACUGGGGUCUGUAUCACCUGUGAGUUUAGACGAAUCACAUAAUAUGUAACAGUGGGGCUUGGAUCACACAUGCGAUAGUGGG